AUGGUAGCAUCCACCUCUCUUUUCCUUGUUUACAUUAAAGUUAUCACCUUCCUCUCAUGCUUCAGCUUGCAGGGUCUUAACUUGCUUGAUUUAGCAACCGCAAGCCCUGUAGUUAGAGGAAAUGGCACUGAUCAACAAGCUUUACUCCAGUUCAAAGCAAAGAUAACCGGUGAUCAACUCAGAAUUUUGGAGUCGUGGAACAGUUCCUUUCACUUCUGUCAGUGGCGUGGUGUUACAUGCGGUCGCAAGCAUCAGAGAGUCACCAAGCUGGAACUGCAAUCCCUCAAACUCUCCGGAUCUUUAUCACCGUUCAUUGGAAAUUUGAGCUUUCUUAGGGAGUUGAGUCUUGCGGGCAAUAGCUUCUACAAUGAGAUCCCUCAAGAGAUUGGCCGUUUAAGAAGACUGGAAAAAUUAGACCUGACCAAUAACUCCAUCAGUGGUGAAAUUCCUUCCAAUCUAUCUGCUUGUUCUAAGCUUACAUUAGUCGAUAUGAGAAGCAACCAGCUGACAGGAGAAAUACCUGCUUUGCUUGGAUUAUUGUCAAACCUGAAAUCCUUGAUUUUGGUGAACAACAGUUUGAGAGGGAGUAUCCCACCUUCGUUGGGGAACUUGUCAUCCCUAGAGGUACUUGCUUUGUUGAUGAAUGGAUUAACUGGGAUUAUACCAGAAUCAUUGGGGCAGUUGACAAAUCUUUUAGGUUUCUCCGUAGCGGGAAAUGCAAUAUCUGGUAUUGUUCCUGUCACAAUGUUCAAUCUCUCAAAUAUUCGAGACUUUGAUAUUGGUGGAAACAAGAUUCGAGGUACUCUUCCUUCAGACUUAGCAAUCAAUAUGCCAUAUAUUGAGUUCUUUUCCGUAGCGGGAAAUCAAAUCUCUGGACAAAUCCCGGUUUCGAUAUCCAAUGCCUCAAAUAUACAGGUACUUCAAUUGCCUGAGAAUAGACUUAGUGGAAGUGUGCCUUCAUUAGGAAAGCUGGACAAGUUGUUUAGAUUUAUAGUACACGAAAACCACUUGGGACAUGGGGAAGAGGGUGACUUGCACUUUCUUUGCACUUUAUGCAAUAAUACCAAACUAGAAAUUAUAAAUAUAUACAUAAAUAAUUUUGGAGGGGUAUUGCCCGAAUGCAUUAGCAAUUUUUCUAACAACCUUUUGCAAUUAGAAAUACACGAGAACAAAAUAUCAGGAAGAAUCCAUGAUGGUAUCAUAAAUCUCAUCAAUUUGGAGGUGCUAAUGGCAUCACAAAAUCAUCUAUCAGGUCCCAUCCCCUUUGAUAUUGGGAGGCUUCAGAAGCUAAAAAUAUUUUUGACUGAUAGUAAUUUUCUCUCCGGAACUAUUCCAUAUUCUAUUGGAAAUUUAACAGUGUUAACCGAACUUGCUUUUGAUUUUAACAAUCUUCAGGGCAGCAUUCCUUCAAGUCUUGGUAAGUGCCAAAAUUUGCUUAGAAUGAAUCUUUCCCAUAACAAUCUUAGUGGACCAAUAACACCAGAAGUACUUGGACUCCCAUCCCUGUCCAUUGGCUUAGACCUAUCAUCAAACUAUUUAACCGGUGAGCUUCCUUUUGAAAUAGGAAAACUAAAAAGUCUAGGUGUAUUGGAUGUUUCUCAAAAUAGGUUAUCUGGUUUGCUUCCAAACAACCUUGGUAAUUGUGUAAGUCUGGUGAAGCUGUUAUUAAACGACAAUUUGUUUGAAGGGCCUAUUCCAUCAUCUUUGAGUUCAUUGAGAGGACUUGAGGUAUUGGACGUAUCUGACAAUAAUCUUUCAGGUGGUGUUCCAGAAUUUCUUUUGAUCUUUAAGGCAUUAAAGUAUUUGAAUCUCUCAUUCAAUGAUUUUGAGGGAGUGAUACCAAGUGAAGGAGUCUUUAAAAAUGCAAGUGCUACAUUUGUUGAGGGGAAUCGUAAGCUUUGCGGAGGCAUUCCUGAAUUACACCUAUCUAGAUGCAGUUCAAAGAGAUCAUCAAACACUUCUCUUAGAGUAAAAAUUGCAAUUGCUAUUGUGAUUUUGACAGUGACUUUGGUUCUUACUUGUCUCCUCAUCUUGAGGUUUAGAAAGAAGAAAGAGCAGCCAACAACAACUUGGGUAGAAAAUUCCCUUUUACAGUUGUCAUACCAAAGGAUCCUAAGGGCUACGGAUGGAUUCUCUAUGCAAAAUUUACUUGGUUCUGGAAGCUUUGGUUCUGUAUAUAAAGGAAUUCUUGAAGAGAGUGGAGCAGUUAUUGCAGUAAAGGUGCUUGAUCUUCUGAAUCGUGGAGCUUCUAGAAGUUUCGUGGCUGAAUGUGAAGCGUUAAAGAACAUUCGACAUCGGAAUCUUGUCAAGGUUCUAACAGCCAUUUCAGGUGUCGAUUAUCAAGGCAAUGAUUUUAAAGCCUUGGUUUACGAGUUCAUGGAAAAUGGAAACCUGGAGGACUGGCUGCAUCCAUCAGUCCCCACGAAUGGACCGGGGACAGCUAGACACCUAAACUUCUUCCAAAGAGUAAGUGUGGCCAUAGAUAUUGCCCAUGCACUUGAAUAUAUGCACCAUCGUUGUGAAACAUCGAUCAUUCAUUGUGACCUCAAGCCAAGCAAUAUUCUGCUCGAUAAGGAAAUGGUUGGCCAUGUAGGUGACUUUGGCUUGGUAAAACUUAUUUCUGCAGAUAUGCUCAACUAUUCUAAUAAUUUGUCAAGUUCCCUUGGAUUAAGAGGAACUAUUGGUUAUGCUCCACCAGAAUAUGGCAUGGGAAGCGAGUUGUCAACAAAAGGCGACGUCUAUAGCUACGGCAUCCUCCUGCUAGAGAUGUUUACUGGGAAAAGACCGACUGAUGAAAGGUUUAAGGAAGGUUUAAAUCUUCACAACUUUGUUAAGGCAACAUUGUCCAAACAAGUGAUUGAGAUUGUAGAUCCCAUUCUUCUUCAAGAGAGUGUACAAAGAGGAACAACCGCAGACAUCACUCUCAAUGAAAACGGCUUGGGAAAUGACAAACAUCUUCAUUGCUUGAAUUUGAUAAUGGAAAUAGGACUUACUUGUUCUGCUGAAUCACCGAGUGAGCGGAUGGACAUGGGUGUUGCUGUUACCGAGCUUUGUUCUAUUAGAGACAAGUUUCUUCGUCCAACUCGAUUACAUCGUAGGAUUCAAACUUCAAAAGCUGCUCAAUCAGCAGGUUGCAGGUAUCUAAGUUGCUGUAUUGAUGAACGUGAGAGGCUUAGGUCAGACAUGGUGUUGGCUUGUCGCUUUUGUUCUCAUUCUAUAUGGUAUUAGCAGGUCUCCUCAUUUA